UUUCUUUUCUUUUCAUUUCAUUUCAUUUCCCAUCUCGAAGAAGAAAUGGGAAGAGCUCCUUGUUGUUCUAAAGUUGGGUUGAAAAAAGGGCCUUGGUCUGCUAAAGAAGACUCCUUGCUUACCACUUACAUUCAACAGCAUGGUGAAGGCCAUUGGAGAUCACUCCCCAAGAAUGCUGGGUUGCUUAGAUGUGGGAAAAGUUGCAGGCUGAGAUGGAUGAAUUACUUGAGGCCAGGGAUCAAGAGAGGAAACUUCACCCCUGAAGAAGAUGAUCUCAUCGUACGGCUCCACUCCCUUCUUGGGAACCGGUGGUCGCUCAUUGCCGGUCGGUUGCCCGGUCGGACCGAUAACGAGAUCAAGAACUACUGGAACACUCACCUCCUCAAGAAGCUCAAGAGUGAAGGGAUCGAACCCAAACCGCGUAAAGCUUCCAGAACAAUCCCGAAGAAGAAGAAGACAGCCAAACCGGAUAAAACCGGGAGCGAGAAGAGAAAAAAGCACAGGCCGGUGUGUAAACCGGACGUCAAAGAUCGACCGGAGAUGAUCAAGGUAUAUGCGCCGAGACCGGUCCGGCUUUCGACCGGGUUCGCAAGAAAUUACAGCUUUGAUGAUCUGGCGGCGAGUGUUGCCUCCAGUUCAGGUAAUAAUAAAGCCGAGGACAAUAACAAUACUCCUCUUAACCAUAACGGCAACAACAAUAAAGCAGAAGAGUCAACGGGUUUUCCAUGGGAUUUGUACGAGGUUGGAGAUGAUCUUUUAGAAGAUUAUAUGGACGGCUGUGAUCUUUCAGCCAGAUAUUCACUGCCCACCAGUGACACUUUGCUGGAGAAGGUGUAUGAUGAGUAUCUGCAGCUUCUCUCAGAGGAUUGUUGUCUUCAAACAUGUUCCUCCUGCUGAAAAUUCAAGACACUUUUGUUUGUAAAGUUUGAAUUUCUCUUCUCUUCUCUCUCUCUCUCUCUCUCUAAUUUGUUUUUGGCAAAGGGUGUCCUUUCCUGCGGGUACAGUGGGACAAGUAUUGUUGACUUUUGAUUCAUGUUGAUUUGAUUUGAGGAUUCCAAACAUCGAAUCACAUAAUUGAUUCACCAGCUGUUCCCAUAUGUGUGGGCAAAACGCCAAAUUAUGUCUGCCUUCCUGCCAAUUAUAUCGGAAGUACGGAGUACUAUUUAAAAUUAAAACCUUAAUUUUGGAAUU